AUGGCCUGUCAAAUUAGAGGAAUAGCAAUCAUACCAGAUGUGAAUACCGUUAAAAAAUUGCUUUACGGCGAUGCUAUCAGUAAAUUCGAGUAUAUAUCAAGCGAUGAAUUACCUCUUCAAGACUGUUGUAUAGCUCUAUCGUCGGUUGGAGAUGUACUUACCAUGGCUUGGAACACAAGAAUGAUCAUAUUUGUUUCAAAAUGGGACUCGCAAGAAUUAGAUGAAGUAAAAAAUAAAUUUCACGUAACGUGGCAUGGAGAAGUAACAAAAGAAGCAAAUGAAUGGGUAACGUCAGUGAUCUGCUUACCUUUAAUAUCCUUGGGAAAGGCUACCGGUCCAGAUUGGACCUGUAUAGCUGUUGGAUACAAUACAGGUUUUGUUAGAUUCUAUACAGAAACAGGUGCAUUCCUCUUUGGGGAGCAAAUACAUAAUGAAUCGGUUCUAGGAAUCAAGUGUCAGUCGUGUUGCUUACCCAAACACACUGGAGACGCUGGUUCUAGUGAAGAAAUAUAUAUUUUAUAUAACAGUGGUGUUUGUAUAUUACAAGGAUUUCCAUUAUUUUCAACUUUACGCGCUUGUAGAAAUCAUUUAGCUAAAGUUCAAGCAAAUUGCAACGAUUUGCCACCGGUAACAAAUUUAUCUUAUAAAAAAUGGGCGUUUAAAAAUCAAGAUAUUACAAACGAUUUAGAAGUGAUUGGUACAACGUCGAUAAAUAGUUUUGAUCAUUUAAUGACAGCUUCGAUAUGCGGUGGAUAUAACGCAAUGUACAGAUCCAGUGCACCACAACAUAAUUUAGUCCUUGCGACAGGAAAACGACCAUUUGUAGGAUUCCAUUAUGCACUGGAAGGUGGUAAUGCACCAGUCCUGUCGGAUGUUGCCAUCGCUAUGGCUAGCAAACUGGCUAAUGCUAUCGGUACUGCUGUACCAUGGUUUCGUGGAAAGAAUGCAAUGUCUGAAGCGUCAAAGGGUAUUAGCCAUGAAUCUAUAGAGACAAUGACGUGUCGAUUUGGUUUGAGCGAUAUUAUGAGGGAAGGUGAUUGUAUCGUUUCUAGUCCAAAUAAAAUGUUUUCGGUAAUAUCGGACGCUAUGGGCAGAGUAAUUCUCUUAAAUAAUAAAAAGGGCACAGCUGUAAGAAUGUGGAAAGGAUAUCGCGAUGCUCAGUGUGGUUGGAUUGAAGUUACCGAAGAGAGAGAUCGUGGAGUACAUAGGAAUGUUGAUAAAAAAUCUGGACGUAAAGCUUUAUUCCGUACCGCUCUGUUUUUAGUUAUUUAUGCACCAAAGAAGGGUGUAAUCGAUAUUUGGAGUAUACAGCAGGGUCCAAAAAUCACUACUUUCACUGCUAGCAAGAAUGGACGAUUAUUAUACAUUAAUUAUGGUUUUCUUGGUACAAAUGAUAAUGCCAUUUUAUCGAGAAAUAAAGCGCAAUACUCUUGCGUAUUUAUUGACCCACUUGGAGGAUUAAAGGAGAUUUGUGUUCCAUUUCACUUUGCGCUUAAUAGUAAAAAUGGAAAACGGGCACGCGACGUACAUCUACUUAGAAAACUUAGAACGUUUCUGAGAGAGGAGGAUUUUAACGAGGAGAAAUUAGUUUUCAAAGUUACCGAUACUUGUCUGGGUUUAGAAACAAAUGAAGUUCGGAUACAAACGAUAGAGGUUUUAAUGAACAGCAAGCAUAUUUUACCAGAUGCUUUGCUUGCUGCAACCAACUGUUUUGCAGUAAAACUAGAAGAAGAAGGAAAAAGAAAAGGAGGAGCAGAAGGAGGAAGAAAAGAAGAGGAAGAAGAAAAAUUGGAGCCUACCGUCAAGAUGCUUCAUCAAUUGACAUUGCAAUUACAACAUAUAAUUACAUUUUAUAAAUAUAUCGAGUCUCAACUUGAUAUGCCACUCGAGUGCGAUAUUACAACAGUUAAUAACGCAAUAAGUGUUAAAAAUUUAUCUUCGAUAUUAUCAACUUCGGAACGAGAAGUAAACCGUGUUACCAAAUUGGCUAAAAUAUUAAACAACCUAACGGAUGAUAACGUUUCUGCGGAAACUAAAGUGAAAUUUAAGGAUGAAAAUGUAUUCUUUGACUUUUUAUCGUGCUUCGAAUUGGGCAAAUCGAGAUUGAUUGGACUACGAAAUGACGUAAAAGAAGAAAAUGUAUACAAAAUUUCACGAUUGAUAUAUCGAGGACCGAUGUCGUCCGAUGAUACGAAAGAGAAAUGGCAGCAAGCUGCUAAAGAAAGUAACAUUCAACCGUUUAUCUUUAUGCGACUGGCAUUAAUAUAUUGGAUGCACAAGGAGGAAGCUGAGUUUUCGGAAAUUGAAUUAAAACGCUUUACGCAGCUGCUGCAUCUAAUUUGUUUAUUAACUGAUGUGGAAGAGAUAUGUGUCGAAUAUAACGAGGUUUCUUCGUGGUGGAAAGACGUACGCACUAUUCUGAUAGAAUCUACGAAGCCUUUCAACGCGUUUACCGCUGCCUUAGCAUGCAGGGCAACUGCUAUGAUUCUAGACAAGUAUAAAGAAAAAUUACAAAAUGAAAAACAAUUUGGUAAUAACGGAAACGAGGAGGAAGAGGAUAUUAAAAAUGGAAAUAAUACAACUAAAAUAAAUGAACUGGAGAGUAAGUCGAAUGAGGUGACACCGGACGAUGAAACGUACAGUUCGAUUAGUGAAUGGGAGAAUGUCAGUAAUGACACUUGUCAAUUCACACUGUUGAUCGGGAAUCUUGAAGACAUCGCUAUUUUGAAUGCUGUUACUAGUCAGCGAGUUGUAUCGGAUGAGACGACGCAAUUUUUUGCUCUACCAUUUACAAGGCACGACACUUGUUUAGCAUCGAUUCUCUCUAGGGGAAGAGGCUCAGUGUCUGAAUUGGUUACAAAGUGGCUCAGCACCACGGGUAUCGAUCCAGCGCGGUUAAUCGACACGACGGACGUAGAAUUCGAUCAAUUGCAAUUAUCGGUAGAUAAUUCUUUACAAUUGUCCGAUACGCUGAGUAAAGCGACUGCUGUUCGAAUACCUCGACAAGAACGGACGAAACUUGUUUCUUUAUCGAUCGAAAUCGAGGACGAAGCAAAAGUUAACGCGACUGCGGAAGCGUGCAUUUUAGACAAUAUGGCCCUGCUCAAACGCCAUUUUCCAUACAGUUUAACGAGCAGUGUCUUAUUAGCCAAUUUAUGCUGGGAGUUUGCCAUGUCGUGGGAUAAGGAGAUUACUCGGCUCGAUUCACUCGCAGCUGCCUUGACCGUUUUAAGACAAAUACCCAUGAAGAAUAUGAGGCAUGGCGUCUGCUGUCUUUUGUGGACACUUCACAUAAAGAAAAGAAUGGAAGCGGCGGCCAAAUUGAUGAACAAACUCGGAAAGUUGCCAAAGGAGAGAUUAUGCAUGCAAGAUAUUGGUUUAUCUGACAUUCAAGUGACAAUGUUUUUACAACACUGCGUUACCUUCUUGGAUAUAUUUCUCGAUACUGAGAUACUCGAACGAGGAGACAGUACGGUAAUAAAAUCGGAAGAAUUGUGGGACGGACAUCUCGGUGGACCGCAACCGUUUGCCGCACUAGCCAUCUCCCAGACUCCAGCUUGGUACGACUUGAUUUUGUUACACGUUCAAGUGGCUAAUGUCCUAUAUAUGAUGGCGUGUCUCAACUUGAAAAUGUUGAAGCCAUUAAAUAAUUUGUUCGAAUCCGUGGUACAGCCCUAUCUCUUUCAAGAUAUAACGGACAAAGUGAUGCUCACGUGGUAUCGAGAUGACAAGAGGGAUAAUAUACGUACAGAAUUUUUGUGUAGAGUAAUUACAGCAUCGAUGGAAUUUAUUCAUCGGGAAACUACCGACGGCGUGACGAUUAGUUCGACACAGGCCAUCUCGUGGAUGAGCAAGUGUCAAGCAUUAGCAUCUAUCUGGAAAAUUAAUAAUGACGAAUUGAGGAUACAUCAAGCCUGUCAGCUAUACAUAAACGGUUUUGAUCGUUUGGCCGAAGAGGUAACUACAGCGGUAACCGAUAUCGAACGGUUGGCUGCAAAUUUAUUGCCUACAGCUGGAAGAAGAAUGAUGGCAUAUCUCUCUAAAACGCCUAAUCUUCUGGAAGAAAUGUCCCGAAUGAGUCCAGCGCUUACAAGAUACUUGGAAAGCCUGAACAUGCCUGAAAUAAUCUGUACAAAUUGUUCGAAUGCCGACACUGUGGAGUUGAUUCGCCGAGUAUCUGUGCAUUUACCUAAAACUCACUGUGAUUAUCACAUUAUGGUGUUAAUGUUAGACGCAACAUUUAUUUAUAAAGAUAGCAACUAGAUUUAGAUUUUGUAAACUAUGUCCUGUGAUAUCGUCGAGUGGAAAGCCGAGAAUAAACAAAUUUUAUCGAGCUGUACGGUUUGUAUAUUGAUAUAAUAUUAAUAACGAAACAAGAAGAACGUAUACUUGAAGGCAUUAACUUUCUAUCAAUUGAAAGACACGGUAUUAACGAUUACGCGUGAUAAUGUAAAAGUUAGUAAUAAUGAAGUUGCAAAGUUGUAAAUAAUGGAAUUGUUAUGUAUCUUUCGAUGUAUUAUAGAUAAUUUAAUUUAAAAUUGUAUUAUACGAGCUAUCUCGAUUCUGGUUAUAUUCUGGUUCAAGAAGCGAUUGCGUAUCUGUACAUAUAAUACUUAAUAUUGGACUGCAUAUUAUUAUAUCACAGGACAUUAAUUAAUUGUUGUAAAAUGCACAUAUAGUUUAUCGACGCCCUUCACGCGUUUUUACUAUGUAUAAAAUUAUAUAUAUACAUAUAUAUAUAUAAAAUUUUGUUUAAGAAUCUAUGGAGUCAUUGAAUUUAUAUUUUAUAAAUAUUCCAGUUUCCAAAUGUAAUCAAAUGUAAAACAUUUCUUUCAUAUAUAUAUACGCCGUUUAAUAUAUGUACACUGUUAUGAGUAAUCAUCUUUUAAUCAUUUUUAUAAGGGAUAAUUUAUUAAAAAUACAUUAAAUAUCGUAUCCGAACCAAAUUGUACGUAAAUAAAAUCUAAUUAAAGUCAAAAUAAAA